AUGCCUCAACCGACCCCCGCCGCACCCACACACAUUCUCCGCGCGCACCGCGCCGCCAUCAGCGCCCUUCACAUAUCCCCCAACAAUGCACUCGUGUACUCAGGCGACGCCUCCGGCUGGAUCUUCGUCACCUCGACGCGUACUCUGCGCACGAUUGCGUCGUGGCAGGGACAUACGGACACGAUAUUGGGCCUUGAGGAGGCGGGGGGUCUGCUGAUUACGCACGGGAGGGAUAACAAACUGCAUGCUUGGCCGCGACCACGAGAGCUUCCUGCGUCUGCCCAGCUCGGAGGGUCGGCUGUCCCAGUCGCAGGUGCUUCUGCUCAACAGCAAGAAUUUAGGCAGCCCACCUAUAGUAUGGACGUUAACGCGCUGAACUAUUGCCGUUUCUCCCUCCUUCCACGCACGGGCUCAGAAGCAUUGAUCGCGGUGCCGAAUCUCGUGGAUUCAUCCUGUGCUGACGUCUGGGAGAUCCCUUCGCGCGAUCGCUUGUACGCCGCCAUCGGCAAGCCCAAGGACGCACCUGCUGUCCCACUAGACGGACGAGGCAAUGAAAAGACGGGAAUCAUCAUGUCCCUCCAUCUCUUUCAAGCCACAGGGGGCCCCUCCUCAUCGGCAUCCACCUCCAACCUUCGCCUCCUAUCCGCCUAUGAGCACGGCGGUGUCAUCCUUAGGCAGUGCACCGCCCCGGCAGGACAGAAGACGGUGGAGGGCAAGGGGUGGGACGUGAUUUGGACGAGCAAGGUACAUGCGGAAUCGAUCAUGGCCAUGGCCGUCACCCGCGACAACGCGCUCGCCCUCACAGUGUCCGCGGACCAUUUGAUUGGGCGUUAUGACCUAAAUGUGCGUGCCACCGAACCCUCGUCCGUAUCCAUCACCCACAGAACGAAGCACCCCGGCAACGCCUGCAUCGCGACUCGGGACGACGGACGCGUGUGCGCGGUCGGCGGGUGGGAUGGGGGCAUUCGCCUCUACUCGACGAAGACUCUUAAGCCCCUCGGCACGUUGAGGUACCACAAGACGAGCGUUCAGGCGCUUGCGUUUGCGCAUUCGAGCACUGCAGAGGACAUCGCAGACGACUCGGACUCGGACGACAAUGGCGACGCGACAGAGCGCGAGCGUUGGCUCGUUGCUGGAGGGAAAGACAAUCGGCUGACGAUAUGGGCGUUGCAGAGCUUCGAGCGCAGUGGCUAA